CUCCGACCCACGUGGAUCUGUCCGUGCUGCUGAUGCUGAUGCUGCUGGGACUGCAGCUGCCGCAUCCCGCGCCGCCCCGCACUCAACGUGCUCCGAAACAUCUGUAGGAAAUCACCUUGCGUCACGGCGAGGGAGGCGCGACUCUUGACACCUCUGUGUGCGUGCCGGGGGUUUGAGACUGCACCCCCCCCUCCUUUCCCCCGACCUGCGAAGAGUAUAGGAAACGCACGAGACGGACGGCACGUGCGGUGGGUGGUCUCCGACUCGCAGACUUCACGUGGCUCCAGCAGCGAGAGGCGCUCGGAGACAAGCCUCCACAGCGUCAGUCCGGUGCAGCAGCAGCAGCAGCAGCAGCAGCAGCAGGAGGCAACAUCCCAAACAUGGCUGUGGAGCUGGAGCCCACUGACGUGAUCCGUCUGAUAAUGCAGUACCUGAAGGAGAACAACCUCUACCGCACGCUGACGACCUUACAGGAGGAAACCACUGUUUCUCUCAACACGGUGCAGAGCAUCGAGAGCUUUCUGGAGGACAUAAACAGGGGCCACUGGGACUCCGUUCUGCUGGCCAUCGAGUCUCUCAAGUUGCCCGACAACACGCUGAUCGACCUCUACGAGCAGGUUGUGAUGGAGCUCAUUGAAAUGAGGGAGGUGGGCGCCGCCCGGUCGCUUCUCCGACAAACCGACCCGAUGAUCGUGCUGAGGCAGACCCAGCCAGAGAGGUUCUCCCGCCUGGAGAAGCUGCUGACGUGUCCUUACUUUGACCCCCGUGAGGCGUACCCAAAGGGGAGCAGCAAAGAGAAGCGACGCAGAGCCAUAGCUGAGGCCUUAGCGAGGGAGGUCAGUGUGGUGCCUCCUUCCCGCCUCAUUGGGCUCCUGGAACAAGUCAGCUACGUGAAGCGCCAGAUAACUUCGGGUUAUCUCACCCCUGAAAUGACCAUCGACACAUCUGAAAGCAAGGAGCAGCGUGUGGAGAAAGAAAGCUUCCCAACCCAGCUGUACCGCCACAUAAAGUUUGGACGCCGUUCUCAUGUGGAAUGUGCCCGGUUCUCUCCUAAUGGCAAGUAUCUAAUCACCGGAUCAGUGGAUGGGUUUGUCGAGGUCUGGAACUUCAACAGUGGAAAAAUUUGCAAGGACCUCAAGUAUCAGGCCCAAGAAAGCUUCAUGAUGAUGGACGAUGCUGUGCUGUGUAUGUGCUUCAGUCAAGAUUCAGAUCUACUGGCCACAGGAGCUCAGAAUGGCAAAAUAAAGGUGUGGAAGAUCCAAAGUGGCCUGUGCGUGCGGAGGUUCGAGCAUGCUCACAACAAAGGUGUGACUUGUCUGAGCUUUUCAAAGGACAACGACCAGAUCCUCAGUGCCUCAUUGGACCAAACCAUAAGAGUCCAUGAACUGAGGUCAGGCAAGACGCUGAAGGAGCUGAGCGGCCAUUCGUCGUUUGUAAACGAUGCGUUCUUCACUCAGGACGGUUUUCACAUCAUCAGCGCCUCAUCCGAUGGCACUGUUAAGAUUUGGAGCACGAAAUCCUGUGAAUGCGUUCGCACGUUCAAAUCCCAAUCAGCGACGCCGGACGCCCCGGUCAACAGUGUGAUUCCCCUUCCCCAAAACCCCGAAGAGUUUGUGGUGUGUAAGCGCUCCAACACGGCCGUCAUCAUGAACAUGCACGGCCAGACAGUGAAGACGUUCUGUUCUGAGCAGCCAGAGGGGGCAGGCUUUGUGUGCUGCGCCGUGUCGCCCCGCGGGGAGUGGAUCUACUGUGUGGGGGAGGACUGCGUGCUGUACUGCUUCAGCUACACGACGGGGAGGCUGGAGAAAACGCUGACUGUUCACGAGAAAGGCGUCAUUGGCAUCGCUCACCACCCACACCAGAGCCUGGUCGCCACAUACAGCGAGGAUGGCCUGUUGAGGCUGUGGAAACCCUAAAGUGUCUCCUGCUGCCUGCGGUGGAGGAGCUCGGCAGUCGUCUGCAAAGUUCAAAAACACUCUUAAAGGGACAGUUCAUAGUUUUUCCUGUAAAGUUCCACAAAAGUGCUAUACACAGCAUCUUAUCUGCAGUACGUGUUCAUACAGUGUGGAUCACAGAUUAGAAACUCACACUAGAUUUCAUCGUUUAAUAUAGUAAAGCCAAAGAGCCACCUGCGGCUCUGGAACUGCAGGUUGCAGACCUCUGAUCUAGCAGAACUGUGAUCCACUUUCAAUACAUAGCUGAAGCUAAAAAGAGCUGCAGCCUGGUUUUUAAAUCAUUGUUAAACUAUAACGAGAAAGGUAAAAAAAAAUUUAAUUGGUCCAAUCUGUUAUGGUGUCUGUAACCAGCGCAUAUCAUCAGCAGAAACGUAUUUAGCAUUAUGCUUUAAGUCCAGGAACCAGGACCAGUCCUUCUGGGGCACUGGCCCCCUGUUGGCCCCCCGUCUAGAACCCACCUGGAAAUAACUUGUAUCCAAAAACUGCCAUAGGGGUUUAGGCAAACACUAUUUAAUGAAGCUUUUCACAUAUGCAUUGAAUGUUUAUUUACACAACAACGCAAGCUGGAGGUGGUGCACCACCAAUGGUCUUCCUGAGCGAAACCAGAACUGAAACUCUAACAUGAAACCACGUUAGAGUUUAGGUAAAUGUUUGUCCAUAUGGUUGGUGGUGCUCCACCUCCUACCUAUUCUAAAGACUCCAUCUUCUACAGGUAAGAAACUAACCGCUCAUAGCCUUUUAUCAGAGCCUCACUUCAAAAACCCUGAACGGUCACAUUAAGAGUCGGGUGGAGUCGGUUUCUUUUUAUAUUGUCCCACAGCCUUCACCAGCAGUUCAGUUACUUUUUGUUAGUAUAUGAGCGUGAAUUAAACGUUUUUUUAAAAAAGCAAGAAAAUUCAGGAUGCAGCUAAGAAGAACCAACCUUAUAUUUCCUUUUUUUUUGCCCUGACGUAUAAGGUUCAGAUUUUUAGUUAUUUAUACAUCGUUUUUUCUAAGCAACUUGCCAGUUGACCGCUCUUUGUCGACACUUUUUAAGUCCUCCAUGUUGCUCCUUGUGAGUCCAACUUCACUAGUGCCAUUUGAACCCAACACUCUCAUCUCUUCUGUCUAUAACGGACAUGGAAAUGCAUGAUGGUGAACUGUUGUGAGUUUAUUUACAAUAGAGACUGCCUAAUGUUUGGGCAUUAAACUAUAUCAGGUAUUUGAUGCUUUAUUGGUUUUGUUUUGUAAAUGUGCUUUUUCCCCCCACCCCCAUGAUUCUCUCUGUGAAUAACCUGCAUGCUACCUCAGCUCACCGCCUCGCCAUGGAGCUGCUGUAAUUCACAAAUAUGCAUGCUAAGUGGCAGAUCCAGCCUCGUCUCCUGUGUGUUCGUGAUAGCCGGACCAAUUUGUGGUAGCGUUCCUGUGCAUGGCUGCAGGUGACAGACCGCCUCCUACCAGGGUUUAUUGUGUGUGUGAUAUUAAAUGUUAUUUAUUACUGUUGCGCAAAGUCACUGCACUCUAUUUUUGGUAUACUAUAUUGUUUAUAUUAUACACGUCUGGCACAGGAGAAAAAAGAAAAAUAAAUCCAAAUAAAAAAAUUAAAAAAACGAUGUGCUUCCAGUGCCAUUUGUUAACUCCUUGGUUAGUGUCAAGUUUGUUCUGCAAUUACAGGCUUCAGCUGCCGGAGGCUGAAUUUGGGCAACGCGCCAGUCCACAGGGGGUGAUGGUUAACUGGGUCAGCGGGAUGUUACAUUUUUAUUUUUUGGAGGAUAACUUGAACAGGACAUGGACACAGGUGUCAAGCUGCAAAGAGGGUUUCAAACGUACGUUUCGGUUCACUGGUCUUUUAAUGAGACGGCUGUACGGAGCGCUGCCCCUCCCCCACCUGUUGCCACCUGGCUGAAAAGAGCCUACUACACUUUUUAGUCCCUUGAUUACAAAAAAGAUAAAUCUGUUAAUUUCUUGAUGGUGAG